ACGGGCUCUGGGAAGACGACUCAGCUCCCGCAGUACCUCUACGAGGGGGGCGUUGGCCGCCAGGGCGUCAUCGCGGUGACCCAGCCUCGCCGGGUGGCCGCCAUCUCUCUUGCGUCUCGAGUCUCGGACGAGAAGAGAACUGAACUCGGGAAGCUGGUUGGCUAUUCCGUGCGCUUUGACGACAUCAGCUCCGAGGACACCAGGAUCAAGUUCCUGACGGACGGCAUGCUUCUGCGAGAAGCGAUUUCAGACUCCUUGCUCCGGAAGUACAGCUGUGUCAUUUUGGACGAAGCCCACGAACGGACCGUCCACACGGACGUGCUCUUCGGGGUCGUGAAGGCCGCGCAGAAGCGGAGGAAGGAGCCGGGGAGGCUGCCUCUCAAAGUGAUCGUGAUGUCCGCCACGAUGGACGUGGAUCUGUUCUCGCAGUACUUCGGCGGGGCACCCGUCCUCUACCUGGAGGGUCGGCAGCAUCCCAUCCAGGUGUUUUACACCAAACAGCCCCAGCAGGACUACCUGCACGCCGCUCUCGUCUCCGUCUUCCAGAUCCACCAGGAGGCCCCCCCCUCUCAGGACAUCCUGGUGUUCCUCACCGGCCAGGAGGAGAUCGAAGCCACGAGCAAGAUCUGCCGAGACAUCGCCAGGCACCUCCCGGACGGCUGCCCCUCCCUGCUGGUCCUGCCUCUGUACGCCUCCCUGCCCUAUGCCCAGCAGCUCCGCGUCUUCCAGGGAGCCCCGAAGGGCUGUCGCAAAGUGAUCAUUUCCACCAACAUUGCCGAAACCUCCAUAACCAUUCCGGGAAUAAAAUACGUAGUCGACACGGGCAUGGUUAAAGCAAAGAAGUAUAAUCCCGACGGCGGCCUGGAGGUGCUGGCCGUGCAGCGCGUGUCAAAGACCCAGGCCUGGCAGCGCACGGGCCGGGCCGGCAGGGAGGACAGUGGCGUCUGUUACCGGCUGUACACGGAGGACGAGUUCGAGAAGUUUGACAAGAUGACCGUGCCAGAGAUCCAGAGGUGCUCCUGGGAGUCUCUGCUUCUGGGGAGACCGGCCCCUAAGCGGCCGCGGCGUCUUCGUCUUUGCGACGUGUUGCUCCUUCUUCUGUCUCCGUCUGCAGACCACAUUCAGGCGGCCGUGGCACAGCUGGAGCUGCUGGGAGCCCUGGAGCGGAAGGACGAGCAGCUCACGCUGACGGCGCUCGGAAGGAAGAUGGCAGCUUUCCCUUUAGAGCCCAGGUUCGCCAAAGCCAUCCUCCUGUCCCCCAAGUUCCACUGCACGGAGGAGAUGCUGACCAUCGUCUCCCUGCUGUCCGUGGACAGCGUCCUGUGCAACCCUCCCUCCCGGCGGGAUGAGGUGCAGGCCGUCCGCAGGAAGUUCGUGUCCAGCGAGGGCGACCACGUCACCUUGCUCAACGUCUACCGGGCCUUCAGAAGCGCCGGCGGGAACAAGGAUUGGUGCAAGGAGAAUUUUGUCAACAGCAAGAACGUGAUGCUGGCAGGCGAAGUCCGAGCACAGCUGAGGGACAUCUGCCUGAAGGUACCUCUCCUCCUGGCGCCUCUGGGGCUCUAA